AUGGCCGUGGCGGAGGAAACCGGAGGCGGCGGCGGCGGCGCCACCGUCGUCACUGUGAUCGACGAGAUGUAUGAGUUCUCGGCGCCGCGCUUCUUUGAUUUCGUCAAAGGGGAAUCCGACGAUGACGCGCGAAGGGCCGAGCUCUGGUUCGACACCGCUCUCUCCUAUGCACCUUCUCCAUUCAUGCCUAAAAUCAAGACUGGUAGAUCUAUUACUGUAGAUAGCUUGUGUGAUUUUAGUGAAGCUGACACAAUGCCGAAGACGUCAGCAAAUGUUGAUGAUAAUAUUCUGAAAACCAAUAUACAACCAGAGUGCAUGACUACCAAAAUAAAGGAAGAUGAUGCACCUUGCACUGAAGCCAAGGAAGAAAAUAAUACAAUUGCUUCUCAUGUGGUUUCUGCUGAUAAGGAAGAUGAUGCACCUUGCAUCCAAGCCAAAAAAGAUAAUAAUUCAACUACUUCUCAUGCGGAUUCUGCUGCGAAGGAAAGAAGUGAGAAUGAUGAUUAUAAAGGGGAUAGUGCAUGCUUAAGAGUUUCAUCAUCCAGUGGAGCAUCUGUUGAAGUAGGAAAAGAUGCUUGCACACCAAAUCCAACAUUGCAGAAAAAAGUCACAGCCACGAAUUCCAAGAAGCAACAGAACACUAAAAAGAUAGCCAUGAAUACAAAACCUCAGUUACAGUCAGCCGCCAUGAAGAGCACUGCUGGGACUCCACACUUGGUCCAAGAGAAUCAAGCUAUUAAGAAGCAAAAAUUGGAAGGAGGAAAAACUAGACAGAUUCUGAAUGUCAAACAUCAAACUUUGCCUCAUAGUAAGUCAAAAUUGGGUUUAACCACUAGCAAUGCCAACGUCUCUUCAAGUACUAGUAAAACUAUAAGAGAGGACAGAAAGGUUUAUGUUCGUGAAACACCAACACCAGCACCUAUGCCAUUUGUAUCAAUGGCAGAAAUGAUGAAGAGAUUCCAGUCUAGUACGAGAGACCUGUCAUUACCCAGCGCUCCUCCUUCUCAUGUAAUACAUGGUGAUGGUGCUUCCUUGAUCCAGACAAAACCGAAACUCACAUUGACCAGGCCAAAGGAACCUGAAUUUGAGACAAAUCAGCGGGUUCGCCCAACUAAGGUGAAGAGUACUGCCGAACUUGAGGAAGAAAUGAUGGCUAAAAUGCCAAAAUUUAAGGCUCGGCCACUGAAUAAGAAGAUUUUGCAAACAACUUUGCCUCCCAUGCCAAGAAGUACACCACAACCACCAGAAUUUAAGGAAUUUCAUCUGGAAACUUUGGCUAGGGCCCAUCAAAAUGCAGAUUCAGCUUCAAUAGCUUCAACAGAGGUGUCUCAUAAGCAGAAUUCUAGGAAGCAUCAUCUUACAGAACCUAAAACACCAGUACUUCAAACGUCACUAAGGGCCCGCCCACCCAAGAUAAAAAGCACAUUAGAAAUAGAGCAAGAGGAGCUUGAAAAAAUCCCUAAAUUCAAGGCAAGACCUCUAAAUAAGAAGAUCUUUGAAAGUAAAGGAGAUAUUGGAAUAUUCUGCCAUACCAAGAAACAUGUUACCGAACCUCAAGAAUUUCACUUUGCAACAAAUGAGAGGAUUCCACCACCUGCGGCAGUGGCACCUGCGGCAGUGGCUGAUAUGUUUGCCAAGCUUUGUUUAAAGUCUGAACCACGUAACCACAACCCAAUUCCUAAAAACACGACUCCAAGUCCAUUUCAUCUCCACACAGAGGAAAGAGGCGCUGAGAAAGAGAAGAAACUGUUCAUGGAACUUCUGCAUAAACAGUGGGAAGAGGAAACAGCAAGGAUUCCCAAGGCUAAUCCAUACCCUUAUACCACUGACUACCCCGUGAUCCCUUCAAAACCAGAACCCAAGCAAUGCACAAGACCAGAGCCAUUCCAAUUGGAGAGCCUAGUGAGACAUGAGGAAGAAAUGCAAAGGGAACAGGAAGAAAGAGAGAGAAUGGAAAGAGAAGAGGCGCAGAUGAAAACGUUUAAGGCACAACCAAUCUUAAAAGAGGACCCUAUCCCAGUUCCAGAGAAGGUCCGCAAACCCCUUACUCAAGUUCAGGAGUUUGAUUUACACGUAAAUCAUCGGGCUGUGGAUAGAGCAGAAUUUGAUGAAAGGAUAAAAGAGAAAGAAAAGAUGUACAAACGAUACAGAGACGAGAGUGAAGCAGCAAGAAUGAUAGAGGAAGAGAAGGCACUGAAACAGUUGCGAAGGACAAUGGUUCCUCAUGCUAGACCAGUUCCAAAAUUUGAUCAUCCGUUUUGUCCCCAAAAGUCUGCUAAGGACACAACAAAACCCAAGUCACCAAAUUUGCGCGUACUCCAUAGAAAGGAGAGACGAAAGAUAUUCAAUGGAACUGUACUCUCGAGUCCUGCUGCUAACAUGAGAUGA